AUGCUUCCUAAUCCUUUUUCACACCCAUGGCAUCUUCGCAACAUUGAGGGAAAGGCAGCAGAACAAUUAUUCGAAGAAAAUCACUCAGUUCUUCGAGAAGAAGUAGAGAAAGCAGCCAAGCACGUGAGUGACAACUUAAUCUUCGUCGCCAUCCUCAUUGGCACAAUCAAUUUCGCGGCGCUUUUCACUGUCCUUGGAAGUUUCAGUCAAAAUACUGGAAUUCCCAUGUUCCAUGAAAAUUAUAAGCAAGAAAUGGAUUUCUUGCUUGGUGUACAUAGGCCUUGGGAAAUUGUCAACCUUCUUGACCACCUUUUUGACUUUGUUCCUGCUGUUUGUGUCGACAGUGUUGGCCCUCAUAAUGAUCGACAGAAAGAAUUACAAGUGAACAAAAGAAGAGAAUUACAAAUGAACAAAGGCCUUCUUUUUGUUGGUACAAUGGACAAGGAAAUCAGAGUUACCUAG